AAAAAAUUCCAGCUAAUUCUCACUCCCUCCAAUGGCUUACGCACUUACCGCCGCGCUGCCCCCUGCCUUGCCGCAUUACAACAAAGCUCGUCCGUCGCCUCCAGGACUCCGAUCUCAAGCUCACUCUAACCGCCGUUUUCCUUCACCCGUCGAUAUUAACAGUCACUCCUCCCACUUCAUCAAAAUGCCACUCCUCCCCGUCCUCGCCAUUUCUUCUUCCCCUCGACGCCGCCUUCACGCCCAAUCACGGGGAGACUAUCCGCCAUCCUCCUCCCCUGAUACCGGCGCCUCCGAGGCGUUCUCAUGGCCCGCCGUUGUCCUUCCGUUUUUAUUCCCGGCACUGGGUGGUCUGCUCUUUGGAUACGACAUUGGUGCCACCUCCGGCGCCGCCAUCUCCCUGCAGUCAGCGGAGCUCAGUGGGACUGACUGGUUCAACCUCUCAGCUGUGCAGCUUGGUCUUGUGGUCAGUGGUUCUCUGUAUGGAGCUCUUGCUGGAUCCCUCAUAGCAUUCCCUACUGCAGACUUCCUUGGAAGAAGAAGAGAGCUUAUUGUUGCAGCUGUGUUGUAUAUUAUUGGUGGAUUGACUACUGGAUUUGCUUCUAAUCUUUCAAUUCUGAUACUUGGCCGGCUUCUUUAUGGCAUUGGCAUUGGUAUGGCCAUGCACGGUGCUCCGCUUUAUAUUGCAGAGACUUCUCCAUCCCAAAUACGUGGAACAUUGAUAUCUCUAAAAGAGCUCUUUAUUGUGCUUGGCAUAUUGCUGGGAUACCUUGUUGGAAGUUUUGAGAUUAAUUCUGUUGGAGGAUGGCGUUUCAUGUAUGGUUUCAGUGCCCCGAUUGCAUUGUUAAUGGUCAUAGGCAUGUGGAGCUUGCCACCAUCUCCAAGAUGGUUACUCCUCAGGGCAGUUCAAGGCAAAGGAUCCUUUAACGAAUACAAAGAAAAGGCUGCUUAUGCCUUGGGGAAAUUGAGGGGUCGUACUGUUGGUGAUAAAACAUCCAAGGAGCAAAUAGAAGAUGCUAUUAUCUCUUUGAAGGCUACCUUCAAUGAAAAAGAAUCUGAAGGAAAUUUCUUGGAAGUGUUUGAAGGAGCAAGUUUAAAAGCUUUCUUAAUUGGGGGAGGAUUGGUUUUUUUCCAACAGAUAACUGGGCAGCCAAGUGUCCUAUACUACGCAGCUCCUAUUCUUCAGAGCGCUGGGUUUUCAGCGGCAGCUGAUGCCACUAGGGUUUCAGUUGUGAUUGGGAUUUUUAAGUUGCUAAUGACUGGAAUAGCUGUUCUGAAAGUUGAUGACCUUGGUAGGCGGCCCCUAUUGAUCGGCGGUGUUAGUGGAAUUGUACUAUCCUUAUUCCUUCUUGCAGCUUACUACAAAUUUUUAGGAGGUCUCUCUUUUGUUGCUGUUGGAGCUCUGCUUUUGUAUGUUGGUUCUUACCAGGUAUCGUUCGGUCCAAUAAGUUGGUUAAUGGUUUCAGAGAUCUUUCCACUGAAAACAAGAGGACGAGGAAUUAGUCUUGCAGUUUUGGUUAAUUUUGGCUCUAAUGCUUUAGUAACAUUUGCCUUCUCGCCUUUGAAGGAACGUUUGGGACCAGAAAACCUCUUCCUGCUUUUUGGUGUUGUUGCGUUGCUCUCACUUGUCUUUAUCCUCUUUAAAGUUCCAGAAACAAAAGGUUUAAGUUUGGAGGAAAUUGAAUAUAAGAUCUUGAAGUGAGAGAAACAUGUAAUUGAAUAACAUCUUCUGUACAGAAUCCUGUACCUAAUAUUUUUAUGAAAGUGUUUAAUGAUUGGAAACGUGGAACAUUGCUACACUACUUAACUAUCACUACUCUUUAACUGAAUGUAAUCAUAUUGUUUUGCUUU